UGACGUCCGGAGCGUUCAGCGUGAUACACAGGAAGUAAACUCGAGCCAGCCAGACAAGCGGGUUGUAAUUCGCUUGUUCACGAAGUAUUGUGAUCGAGAAACUGUUCAUAUAAUCUGGAAUUGAAGUAUAUAACUGAAUCAACAUGCUGAUCAAAGUAAAGACCCUCACUGGAAAAGAAAUAGAGAUCGACAUUGAGCCCACAGACAAGGUGGAGAGGAUUAAAGAACGGGUAGAGGAGAAGGAAGGGAUCCCCCCGCAGCAACAGAGACUUAUCUACAGUGGAAAACAGAUGAACGAUGAGAAGACGGCGGCGGACUACAAGAUCCAGGGCGGCUCAGUGCUCCAUCUCGUGCUGGCGCUGAGAGGAGGGUCGGCGGUCCACAGUCUCGGCUGCACACACCCGUCCUCCUCGUCAUGAGCCGCUGUCGUCACGGGGCCGGCCGAGUGCCAACAGUCGAGGUGUCUGUCUUAAACUGAGCCACGGCACAGAGAUUUGAAAUCCCACACUCCCUGGCCUGCGCAAACAAAUAAUCAAAAGAAGAAGAAAAAACAACAACAAAAGACGUUCUAAUCUCACUGAAAAUGUUUUUUGUCAACCCACAUUGGCUUUCUGAGUUUGACCCAUUGAUGCAGGCACCCAUGCAUUACAAGAGACAGUGUGAGAACCCUGUGGUCUUUUUGCUUGUGAAUAAAUGUUGAAGUUAAUUUAAGCUUUGUCAUCAAACACACACACACACAUUGAGAAAGACACAGAGACAGGUCACUGAGGAUUCUGAAAACUUCUUUUCUUUUAUAGAAAAUGACAGGAGACUGAAAAUUCAAAGACAAAUACAAACAGUUGAUAGUAUACUCCCGUACAUUUUAGUGAAGGUAGAUUGUGCUUAAAUCACACUACAGCACCACUGCUCGUAUCCAGUCUCUAGAGUGUUUUUAGAAGUUCUGUGGUUGCGAUGAUUUUCUUUAAAUAACUCAUAAUACACUUUAUCGGUCUUAUGUUUGACAGCUCAGAAGUAUCAUGUUAGAGAUUUCCAUCGUACAUUUCUAUUUGUACUCACACGCUUAUCAUCUCAAAUAUACAUCUUAUAAACCGCUUCA